AUGAGCAGUAUUCCUUUAGACGAACGGACACAAAAAUUAGUGAGCGCCUUACAGUUGCAAUGCCUGCACCCAGGGAUUGGUGCCCUCAGGCAGCUCUCUUGCAUGUUCCGGCGGAUGGACCUCGACUACUCCAAGAAAAUCUGCUUCGAGGAAUUCGUUUUGGGGCUGAGAAGCUACAACUUGAAGUUUUCAGAUGAAGACAUCGAACUUCUAUUCUCGGCUCUAGAUAUUAAUGAUGACGGGCAGAUUGAUUUUAGAGAGUUUUUAGAACUGUUGAUUCCUCCGAUGAAUGAGGUGAGAACGAAUGUGAUCAAUGAAGCUUUUGACAAGCUGGAUAUCAAUGGGGAUGGUACGAUACAGAUGGAUGAGCUUAAAAUUGUGUACGCUGCAAACGCCAGGAAACACCCCAAGUAUUUGUCCGGUGAGUGGACGGAAGAACAAACUUUACGGUAUUUUCUGGACGGUUUGGACACGCCCGGAGAUCCUGACGGGGAAGUGACCAGAGAGGAAUUCAUGAACUACUACGCCCGAGUGAGCGCCACAGUGGACGAUGAUUGCUACUUUGACAUGGUUGUCAGAUCCUUGUACGGACUUCCGGCUGUUAGGGCCAAGGCCAAGCGUUGA